AUGGGACCUCUCGCGCUGCUGCUGAUGCACACGGCCUCCGCCACGAGUCAUGUGGAGGGCGUGGACCCCGCCCCCAAUCCCCCAGAUGGGGCGCGCUUCCGGCUGCGCCCCAUCUACCAAGCUGUUCCGAACCCGACUGCCGUCAAGGGCGACCAGCCGGGCAAGUGGCAUGGCCAGAGGGGGCAAGACCGGACUGUGAAUACUCUCAUGCCGUCAAGAGCGACAGCGAGGCGCCGGCGAUUCUUCAUCGACCUGGCCGCGAACGCGUGGCUCAGUCUUUCCAACACACGUGCGCUUGAGCGCGACUAUGGAUGGGAAGGCCUCUGUAUCGAGGCCAACCCCAUGUACCACGCCGACCUCCUCUCUCGGAGGAACUGCACCGUCGUCGGAGUGGCCAUCGCGAGCACCGAGGACACUGUGCAGUUCGUCGCAUCCCGCAAAGCUCUCGGUGGGAUCGUCGGUGCCGGCAUGGAUAAUAAGCAGGCAACGAACACGAGCGAGAUGAGAACGAUCCCAUUCUCGCGGAUUCUUGAAGAAUUUAAGGCACCAAAGACCAUCGACUACUUGUCUCUCGAUGUUGAGGCGUGCGUCCGUCCGGACCCCCAUCCAUGCUCCGACCCCCUCACGCGCGCUACGCCACACACCUCAGUCGCCGUGCUCACACCACGACCGAAAUCGCAGGGGGCGGAGAGCCUCGUGAUGUCCUCAUUUCCAUGGGACUCAUACACCAUCUCCGUGCUCACCGUUGAGCGGCCCAAGCCGGACCUCGUGCAGAUGCUCCAAGCGCACGGCUAUGUUUGGCAGUGCAACCACGGCACGUUUGGCGACGAGCUGUGGCUUUCGCGGAAGGCCCUCGAGUCGCAACACGUCCAGAAUAUGCUCGCGCGGGGCAUCCAAGGCUGCUGCAAGCCCCGCUCGCACACAGAGUACAGGAGCUGCGCGCAGUAG